CUAACGUUAGCUAGUAUCAACCAGUGCUAAGGAAAAUACAUCUUUUUGACACUUUAUUUAACAUUUAUCCAAGGUUUCAACCUAAACCCCAGUUCGUGUCCGGUGUCAGAAGCUCAUGACGCCAACAAGCCGUGCGACUGACUGAUUUGUCUCGACCCUGGCAGCGGACAUCUGUUAACAACACGGUCGGUGAAGUGACAGCUGGCUAACUCUGAUGCUAACGUUCACGUUUCCGCGGCCACUCACCCAGCUCAGGCAGCGCAGAAUGGUCUGAGGCUGUCUGACAAAGCUCACUAAGUCAAACGCACCGCCGGCCAGAGAGGCCCCGAUACAUAGAGGAGCCUGUGGUCCUAUAUGAGGCUGAUGAAGACUGAUCCACUGGGAGCAGUGUGUUUGCGGUAAAAGGAGAACAUCAAGGACCAUGGCACGCUGUCUGAGCUUCAAUGUCAACAGCUGUCAAAUGGAUUCUGACUAUGAGAACCUAGGAGAGGGUGAACCAGGUCAGGACGCCUUCCUCCAGUAUGUUGGAGAACCAGCAGCCAGCAUCCAGAGGUGCCCUGAAACCCUGCAGAUGGAUGUGGUUACAGAAUGCACAGACAGGUGCUCAACCAGGAGGGAUGAGACUCUUGACACAGAGCAGAUUAACUCUCUGCAGAGGCACCACUGGUCAGCUGCUACACUAAAGGUCCUCUCUUUGAUGCCGAGUCGCGCUAGGGGGCAAAAUAGUGCUGCCGUCAUUUCCCGGCAUUCCCAGCUACGCCGACACCAGACCUCCUCCCGUGAUUCUUCUCAUCCCUCCAGAUCGAUCCAGGUCGACUUUAGCGAGGCUGAUGUGGCGGGGCUCAGUGCUGAAGACAACAAGAGGGAGCAGUUGGUGUCCAACCUCCGGGGCCUCUCCGUGAGCGAGGGCAUGCGCAAGCUGCGAGCCAUGCCGCUUAGCCUGGCUAAUAAGAUGGAGCUCAGGCGACUUGCUUUCAGUGACGUAACUGAACCUUCACUCAUCAGCAGAAAUACUCCAUGCUACAGUAGUCUCAGCAUGUACAUGCCGAGGAACUGGCGUCACAGCCUGUCCAGCUGCCCCUCCGUCCGCAGUUCCCUCCGGCUGUGGCAUUCAGCCACGAAGAGACUGAGUGGACGUUUCGGAACUGGAGUGCUCUCCUACUUCCUGUUUCUCCGGACCCUCCUGUGCUUAAACCUCCUGCUCUUUGUCGUCAAUGGAACGUUCUUGGUCUUCCCUCAGGCCAUCCACCGUCCUCCUCUUAAUGACUCUCACCUUGACGCUUUCACCGGCCUUGAGCUUCUCACAGGCACAGGUUACCUCUCUCAGAGUGUGAUGUUUUACGGCUACUACACCAACACCAUCAUCAAAUCUUGCCAAGCUGCUGACCCUGGUUCCCCGGAGGAAUUACCAGAUCUGCCAGUCUGUGAUUCUGACAGGCCCCAGAUGGUGCCAUACAACAUGCCUGCAGCCUACUUCUUUACCACCACCAUCACCUUCUUUGUCCUCUGCAUCAUCCUGGUCUACAGCAUGUCAAGGUCCUUCGGGAGAAGUUUUCAUGUGCUCAAGUCUAAUGGGAAUCUUGCAGUAAAAGUAUUCUGCACCUGGGACUUUCAACUCAGCAAGAAGACAUCAAUCAGAUUCCACUCUGAGAUAAUCAGCACGCAGCUCAAAGAGCUUCUGUCUGAGACGAUCAGGGGAGAAGAGGAAAAGAGCUGCACGCAGGGACUCUGCCACGUCACCGUGCAUCUGAUAGCAUGGGCUACAUGUCUAGCCAGCAUCUUCUUGGGCGCCAUGGCAGUCCACUACCAGUCAGAGGAGACCAUUUGGAAGGGUCCUGUCAAAGAAACUGAGCUGCUGCGCUUGUCUGCCGUGGUGUCCGGCAUCAACCUGUUACUCCCUGGCCUCUUCAACCUGUGCGCUUGGGUAGAGAAGCAUGACUCGCCCAGUUUCUCUGUCUAUGUCUCCAUCUUACGGAACCUGUUGUUGAAGGUCAGUAUUGUCGGAGUGCUGUGUUACCGCUGGCUGGGGAGAAUUGCUGCAGAACCAGAAAGUCGUGGUUUAAAGUGUUGGGAAAGCUUUCUUGGGCAAGAACUGUAUCGCUUGCUCCUGAUGGACUUUGUCUUUACGGUGCUUUACACGUUUUUGGGAGAGUUCCUGUGGAGGCUCUUUUCCAAGCAAGUUCUGAAAAGAGACCGGAAGCCAGAGUUUGACAUUGCUCGUAAUGUGCUGGAGCUCAUAUAUGGACAAACUCUUACUUGGCUCGGGGUGCUGUUUGCACCACUGCUUCCUGCAGUCCAAUGCAUAAAGCUGCUUGUGCUUUUUUACAUGAAGAAGAGCAGUCUGAUGCUCAACUGUCAGGCCUCCAGAAAGCCCUGGAGGGCCACUCAGAUGACAACACUGUUCAUGUUUCUUUUGUGCUUCCCCUCAUAUCUCAGCGCUGUUGUGUCUGUCACCUAUAUAAUUUGGACGAUUAAACCCUCAUCCGGGUGCGGCCCUUUCAGGAAUCUCACCAGAAUGUUUCAGUCGGGGAAGCUGUGGGCCCAGGGACCGGAGAACACCCACCCAAUCCUGUCUUGGCUCAGCUGGGUCUACAUCUCUCUGGUGGACAACCGGCUGUUCUUAUUCCUCGCCACUGGAGUCCUUCUAAUGGUGAUAUACUUUCACGCUCAAGUUGUUGAUGGCCAAAGGAGAAUCAUCAGUCGGUUAGAAAAGCAAAUUGAAAAUGAGGGUAAGGACAAAAAGUUCGUCAUCACCAAAUUGCAAGCCAUUUGUGAACAGAAUAGUCUGUUUUCCCCUCACAGAUAAGGUUGGUAGUGUCAGUACUGGGUAUCCUUAUUACGGUUGCAAUGUAUCUUCUUAACGUUUGAAUCACUUCAAUAAUGUGAAGAGGUAUUUGUGUGAGCACUGACUUCUACCUAAGAAGUCUUUUGUUUUGUUUUGUUUUCUUUUUUCACUCUGUGGCUGAACAACAUUCACAUCAUAUUUAGUAAUCGCAAGAUAUUAUCUUCUCAGUGAGAAAUAUCUUAGCUUUGAUCUCAUCUCUGCCAAGAUUGUUGUCAACAUUAUUUGGAAUGUCACGCUCAAACUACAACAACAAAAGAGCAAGAAAAACCUCUUACAGUAGAGUGUGUUAGUUUCAAAUACUGUAUAUCCCAUGAUUUUUGGGGAUUCCAUUAUGUGCUGGAUGAACGCAAUCUGAAUUACUGGCUGUAAGCCCGAAAAUGGACACAUUAGUAUUUAUUAAUACAGAGAGCUCUUAUUGUACGUCAGAUGUAUAUUUUUUCAUGUUCGUAGUUAUUUGUUUUAGAUUCUGUUAAAGUUUAUGAAAAGACCAAAUAAAUUCAUUUGAACACACCUACUGUGUUAUUGGAAUAAGGAACCCUCUUGAUGUGUUUUUUGGCAAAUUAUACCACUAUCUGAAAACACUGUUUCCUUUAUCUUUUGCCCAAACACUGCAAGUAUUCCUUCAUCUGAACACA